AUGAGUGAUUAAUAUGGAAUUUAGAAAUCUCCAUAAUUAUUAGGGGAACGCUUAGAAACACAAAGAGAAAUUGAUCAUCAAUUGAGAAUGUCUUGUGUUAGAAAAAGUAGUUAUUUGACUUCACGUUCAAAAAGUUUGGGAUAAAGAUUGCUUAAUUUUGUAGGAAAAUAAAUCUCAGUUGAUUAUUAAGAACGAUUGGUUCUUAAAACUCUCUAAGCAGAUAAUACUAAAGUGAAAAAAAUCCUUGAUAUACUGCUUUCUCGUAAAAACAACUUAAAAAAUUUUACAAAUCAACAUUUAAGCUAUUUGAAUGAUAAAGCCAUUGGAAAUAUUAGUUUUAUACAAAAAUAAACGUCGUUUAAAAUUUUUAUUGAUAGGCUGUUAACUAAGAAAAUUCUAAGAAUUUUUAAACCUUUUGUAGAUAAUCUAACAUAAUAUAUAAAAGCUUUACCUUUAUUAACUCCAGAAAGUACAAAAAUUGUAAUAUGGGAUAUAAUUGCAAUUUUAUCCAAAUUGUACUUUUUGUACCUAAUCCCAUUAGAAUUAGCAUGGACAAACAUACCAUUACUUUAUAGUAGGUAUUAUACAUCAACUAUAAUUAUGUUAAUCAUAUUAUCUAUUGAUUUUAUAAUUGGUUUUAAUACAGCUUAUUAUAAUGCAGGAUCUUUGAUAACUAAUAGAAUUUAGAUAUUUAAACAUCAUAUUACAAAAUCUUAUGGAUUAGAAUGGAUAUCUACUAUAAUUUUGAUAAUAUUAUUCAUAGCUUGUAAAACUACUGAUACAAUAAUUAAUGUGACAUAGAACCCUAUAUACUUAGUUUUAUUGAGUGUUUUAUCUCAUUAAAUAAAUGUACAUUAUAAAGCAAGUUAAUAUGAAUCUGCAUUAAAUUUAUCUAAAAAAGUAUCAAGUUGUUUAGAAUUACUAAAAUUUUUACUUUUAUUAUUUUAUGUAAUUCAUUUAUUUUCUUGCUUAUGGUUUUGGGUAAUAAAUUAAAGUAUUUAUUAAGGUUGGAAAUUAUAGUAAAGAAAACGAUGAAUUUACUUGGUUAGAUACUUUAGAAUAUCUUCCAAUAAUUGAUUGGACAGAUGAAUAUUUGUAAUCAUUUUAUUAUGUUUGUGUGACAAUGUUUACAGUUGGAUAUGGUGAUAUUACCCCCAAAAGUGGAUUAGAAAAAUCUAUUUGUAUAGUUCUAAUCUUAAUUUCAAGUAUUUAACUUCCUUAUUCCAUUAAUACAGUUGGGUCUAUAAUUGAAAAAAUAUCAGAUUAUGGUGAAGAAACAAAAAAUAAAUUGAGAACAAUUAAUAGUUAUAUGAAUAAAAAGAAAGUACCAUAUAAUUUACAAAUUUAAAUUAGAUAAUAUUUAAAUCAUUAUUGGACAUCUUUAUAAGGAUAAGAUACAGAAGAAGAGAAAGUAAUAAUCUCUCAGUUAUCAUUAAAUUUAAGAGAAUAACUCAUUAUUUAGGCAAAUAGUAGAAUAUUUGCUAAAGUUACUCUAUUAAAAUAAAACUUUAGUCAUUAAUUACAAUAAAAAUUAUUAAAAAAAGUUUAAUAAAUAUAAAUGUAACCAGAAUAAAUAAUUGAAUUAGAUAAUAAUAUUUAAUGUUAUUUUGUAGAUGAAGGAGAAAUCAAUAUUAUAAUUGAAUCUGGAAUGGUUGUUUAAAAAGCAAAAAAAGAUGAUGUUGUUGGAUUGGAUAACUUAUUUUUAGGAUUUCAUAAUAAAAAUUAAAAUAUUAAAAGUAUUGGAUUUACUAAAUUAUUAAUCUUAUCUAGAUAAGAUUUCUUAUAAGAAUUGAAAGAAUUUCCUAAUGAUUAUGAAAAAUUCUGUUCUAUAAGGGAUGAUUUAUUAUUUAAUUUUAAAUCAUCUUAUAUAAAAAAAUAAUGUGAUUCUUGCUAUCAAUAUGGACAUGAAAUUAUUGAUUGUUCAAUGCUUCAUUAUGUACCUUAAAAAGAUUUUUUAAUUAAAAGAAUUUAAUAUCCUUAAUAAUAAGGAAGAUAAGAAUUUUCAAGGAGAUAUUAUAAAUUAUCUAGGAUAUUGCUUUAAGAAUUAGAAAAUCCUGAUUUUAGUGAGAGCAAAUAACAAUUUUUGAAAAAAUAUUAUUUACCUUAACCUGCAAAUAUUAAUAGUAAUAAUAUUAAUAAUCAAUCAUUUUUAAAUAAUUUUUAAGAUGACAUAAAAGAAAAACCUGAAAUUAAAAUUGAUAAUUUACAAGCUUCAACAACUUUAGCUUAAAAAUAACCAACAAAAAGAGACUCUCUUUUAUCUUAUAUACCUGACAAUAAUAUUGAUUAAAUAAAAAGAAGCAUAAAUAAUAACAAAAAAAUUGGAGUUAAUUAAUCAAAUAAAAAAUAAUAAGUAGAUAUAUAAUUAGACGGUAUGGGAUUACAAAGAUAGAAUAGUUUAGCAUCUAGAAGGUAAUCUCAAGGAAUAAAUCUCUUAAAUAUGUAUUAACUUAGUUUAAAUAAUAAUGCUUAAAAGUAAAACUAUUUACAAGAAUUAAUUAAUACUAAUUAUGAAAUUAAUUUUGAUGAUGAAUUAAAAUUACGCUAUGAAAAUUUAACAUAAAAUAAAAAUAUGAAAAUUACUGAUAAAGAAGCUAUUGAACUAUUAUAUUUGAAACAAAGUAACAAACAAAAAUACCAUAAAAAAGGUUUAAUAGAGUUUGAAACUAUUAAAAAUUUCCAUGAUUAUUUUCCAUAACAUAAUGUUUCUAUAUCAAUUAGUAGAGCAAAUAAACCACAAAAUGUUUAAAUACAAACUUAAAUUAAAAAAUUUAUGGGAUAUUUACUUUAUCCGUCUGAAUUUAUCAGAAAAUUUAAAAUUUUUCAGUCGGAUAAUCUAAAAAUUGGUAUGAUUACUGAAGAAGAGAAUAUGUGA